AGCGACGAGUAUUCCUGGCCGCGGCGGUGCCGCUUCCAAUCAUGUGAUGGGGACAUUAUUUAAGGCGGCGGCGCGGCCGAGCGGCAGCUGCGAGCUGGGCGGUGCGGAGCUGCGCGCACGGCCCGGAGCCCCCCGAGCCCUCGGACCCGCCCGGCGCUCCGUGUGUCCCCCCCGCGCCCCGCACCAUGGUUGACGCCUUCGUGGGCACCUGGAAGCUGGUGGAUACGGCCAAUUUCGAUGAGUACAUGAAGGCGUUGGGCGUGGGCUUCGCCACGCGGCAGAUGGCCGGGCUCACCAAACCCACCACCGUCAUCGAGGUGGACGGCGACAAGGUCACGGUGAAGACCCACAGCACCUUCAAGAACACGGAGAUCAGCUUCAAGCUGGGCGAGGAGUUUGACGAGACCACGGCGGACGACAGGCACGUCAAGUCCGUGGUCAAGCUGGAUGGAGGGAAGCUCGUCCACGUGCAGAAGUGGGACGGGAAGGAGACAUCGCUGGUCCGGGAGCUGAAGGAUGGCAAAUUAAUUCUGACUCUGACCAUGGGCAACGUCGUCUCCACCCGCACCUACGAGAAGGGGACAUAGACGCUGUCCCCAGCUCAUCCGCCCAUCACAUGGUGCCACAUUCGCCUCCCGCAUCGCCUCUGUCCUCACCCCGCGCCAGGCACGGCUCCCCGUGGCCUCGGAGCCUGCGGCCCCAUCGCCUCGUGGGGCUGCUUGGGGCUUGGGUGGGGGUUUUGUGGUUGUUUUGUUUUUGUUUUGUUUUUUUAAUUAAUAAUGGGAAAACUCACAAGGAAAAAUAAAAAAGGCCAUGUUGUUACA